CCUCGUUCACUGUCGUCAUUCGGCUCGGCCUGCUCAUAUUUCGCUCAACAUUUAUCUCGCAUUUCCCGACCUCAUCUCGCUUUGUCUGUUCGAUCGAAGCUCAAACGCCUCAAGCACCGCGGCCGCGAGAUCUCGAUCUAAACUAAAGAAUCUCAUCGAUCUCGUUGUCACCGAGCGUCGAAUCGCGCUCUAUUCGUCGUUCACCACCGACAGUUCGGUCUCGGUGUCGGCUCGAUAUCCGCCAGCUCCAAGUUUGAACGUAUCUCAGUGUUGAGAUAUGAGGCUUGUUUUAAACGUGAAAAGUUACGGAUAGUUUUAUCGAAACAUUUGUUGGAUUUUACUGCAGAGUGUAUCUGCGGCUAGAAGAAGGAUUCUCUCUCGCGUGAAUAGACGGCCACGAACGAGGACACUCGUCGACGUCCAUAGAGUCAAGUUCGAUAGAGCCCGCGUAUACGAUCGGGAUGGCAUUUAGUAUGACAUUUAUAACGAGAAAGUGUGCAGUCUACGAUCGACGAUUAUCAAUGAAGCCUCUUUAAUUGAAAACAUAGUGGAGGUUUUACAGUAUGACAUGCGGCUUUGUUCUUUGCUGACGAAUUUCUCGUACCGAUAAUGACUCUUUCGCAAUGGCAUUAAAUUCUUCCUACUUUAUAUUGGAAUAUUGGAAUAGCUGUCGCUUAUGAUUCUUGGAAAAUAAGACGAGAUGGAACUUAAAUUUGGAACAGACAGUGCGAUGUUAUGUUCCGCAAACCGCCAUGGGAAUUCGAGAAUCGCCGUCGAAAACGCGAAAAGCAAGAGUAAGGAGCGAUCAUUGUUAAGCUGAAUGGUCAAACAGCGUACUAGGUGGAUGGCGACAGCGAUGAUCGUAGUACGACGACGAUAGAAAGACGUUAGAACGUUACCGCUUGCGGCUGCAGCUGCGGCGUCAUCAGUCGCUGCACCUGCAGCUGCGGUGGUGGCGGUGGCAACGAUUUAAUAAGAGGGCGAAACGAUGCAGAACACCGGUGACUACUAUCAAAGAGCGCCGAGAUGUUGUCCGGGUAGAAGUGGCAACAGCAACAACAACAAUAAUAGUGCGAGCGGAUCGGUGCGAGGCGCGGAGCUGCUCUGCUGCUGCUGCAGCUGCAGCACCUCUACCUCCACGAAGACUCCGGGACUGCUAGCGAGUCUUGGCGUGUGUGUGCUCGUCCUCGGCUACACCCUCCUCGGCGCGUUCGCCUUUAUGGCCCUCGAGGGAGACCUUAAAUCGGAUUCGCUUACCGAGAUUCCAUCCUCAAAAUCCGACGGGGCUUCCUACGUGCUGCCUAAUCUGGAGAACGAUUCCGUUGCCACAGAAUUAAGAGCACGCACGGUCGAAAAGCUAUGGAGCAUCACCGAGGAUCUUAACGUUCUCUACAAAGAGAAUUGGACUCGCCUAGCUGCCCGAGAAGUCCUCGAGUUCCAAGAGAAUCUGGCCCGCGGUAUCAGGCGCACUUCUUACGAGCAGGUGCCUCCGCGGUCCCGAGAGCAUCAGGCGGAUAGACGGCUACACAGUCGACGAUGGACUUUCAGCAGUAGCUUGCUGUAUUCUCUGACGUUAAUUACGACCAUAGGAUAUGGUAGCGUAGCACCACGUACAGUUUGGGGUCGGUUGAUUACUAUAGUUUACGCCUUGGCGGGAAUUCCGCUGAUGCUAGUCUAUCUAAGCACAGUAGGCGACGUGCUCGCUCGAAGCUUCCGUCGUCUCUAUGGACGCAUAUGUCGGCAGCCGCGUAACUGCACGCGAAAGCAGCAACCCCCGCCACCGCCACCGCCAGUUGGUGGUAUAAUGACCAAGGCGUAUCGCUACGACAAUCACGUGGAGACCAAGGGAGGCGGUAACUACUAUUCGGCAAGUAGGGAAAGUUCUUGCGACGAUUUGGGUAUUCGCGGUACUGGCAGCGCAAUCUUGCUCGACUGCGGUAGCGAGGGUCUCUUGCACGCUACCACCAGUUCGACAGCCGCGCUUCAGGAUGUGACAACGGGUAACGGCAAGCGACACUUUCAUCCGUGUUCGCUGUCCUUAUCAUCGACUUCGUCACCGGCGUACAUGCUAGAGACCAAUCCCGUCAGGAUACCGAUCAGCUUGUGUCUGACGAUAAUGCUAGUGUAUAUAUGCGGAGGCGCGAUCAUGUUCAAUCGUCUGGAAGGUUGGAGCUUGUUGGAGGGCGGGUACUUCUGCUUCACCAGCCUCGGUACGAUCGGCUUUGGAGACCUGAUGCCGGUGGGACGUAACGCACCCUCAACCACCCUGGAGGAGUUCAGCCUGUGUGCCUGCGCGCUCUACAUCCUCGCUGGGAUGGGCCUGAUCGCCAUGUGCUUCAACCUCGUCCAGGAGGAGGUGGUACGCGUGGUCAGGGUCUUCGGUAGAACCUGCGGCAUGUCGUCGGGCGUGGUGGUCGGACCUAUCGGUGGUACAGCAGGCGCCACUUCCGGUCUCAAGGCCGAUCUCGAUGAUGGAGGCGGCACCAGCGAUUCGCGAUUGUCCGAACAAGAAGAGGAGGCGAUCGCCAUGUCAAUGGUGCCGGCCGGUUCCUGACAACAUCAGGCCAGGAGCCCCGGCGACGGCAAGCUCCUGGCCCAUCCCUCGAACACUGCCAUAAAGUUGUCGCCAGGCCAUCAUUCGCUGCCACGCAAGAAGACGUUGCCGCUGGAUGCUGCCGGCAGGACGGUGAGCAACUCGUCAUCUUCGGGUACCGGCGUUCAACAGUUCCAGCGGGGCCAGCCGUUAAGAAGGAGCUGUUUGUCGCCGACGCAACAUCAUCAUCUUCAUCAGCAACAGCAACAACAUCAACAACAACAGUUGCCGCAUCAUUAUCCACACCGGCAGCAGGAGAGUUCUUUGCACUUUGAAUAUUUUGUGCCGCGCAGCGUCAGCGAGUUCAAUCUCGCAGCUGCCGUAACGGACAUGGCAGUACCGCCGCCACCUCCCGCGUCGGUUCUUAGGCCUUCCUCGACAAUUGCACCCCCGGUUGCCACCGCAGUGAUCACCACCACCAACCAGGUGCGAUUACUAGACAGUGGUAGUGGUGGUGGUUGCAACAUCGCUACCAGAAGUCGCGAGAAAAUGGUUACGUUUGAAGACGAGGGAGUCAGUUGCGGCGUUACUUCGACACCCACUAGGAAGAACCUGCCCACCCUAGAUAAUGUUUUUAUGUGACCUGUGCCGCAGAUUUCACAGAUGCUAAAGUGCUUGCUGCUGUGGAUAGGCGAAAACCUCGGAAUUUCCACACCUCGAAUCUGAAGAGAUGAACAAUGACAAAUCAUCGAAAUGUCGAUGGAUAUUGUCAUUUGGAAACGAUGAAAAAUUAAAUAGAUACAGGAAUUAUUUUUAUGAAAAAUUAAUGCAUGUGAUUGGACGAUAAACGGUUGAGAAAUAUCGACAACGAGUUGUUAAUCCGGUGAUUACCGAGACUUUUUG